AUGAAACAGGAAAUAAUUAGAAGGAGUGAAUGUGGGGUAAAACAGUGUGACCUCGUCAAAGAGUUUGGCCUCAGCAAGACCACCAUUUUCACCAUUUUGACAAAUAAGGAUGCAAUCAAAUCAGCCAAAGUAGCCAAAGGAGUAUCAAAACUAUUUCAUGAAAAACAUAGGUCUUCAAUCCACGAGGAAAUGGAGAGGCUAUUAGCGAUUUGGAUUAAGGACAGGCAGGUGAAAGGUGACAUAACAACCCAAGAUAUUAUCUGUCACAAAGCCAAGAGAAUUUAUGAUGAUCUAAAGAAAAACGUCCCUGGAAGUAGCAGCAAUCAAGAUAAUGAAGAAGAAUUCAAAGCCAGCAGGGGGUGGUUUUUUAGAUUUAAGAAAAGGUGUGGAAUCCACAGCGAUGAAGGAUACUGCCCACAACAAGUGUUCAAUGCCGAUGAAACGGGUCUUUUCUGGAAAAGAAUGCCGAGCAGAACCUUCAUUACAAAAGAGGAGAAGAAAUUGCCAGGACACAAAGCCAUGAAGGACAGACUUUCCCUUAUGUUUUCGUCUAAUGCCAGCGGAGACCUCAAGAUCAAACCUCUAUUGGUUUAUCACUCUGAAAAUCCCAGAAUUUUCAAGAAAAAUAACGUUAUUAAGUCCAAACUGCCCGUCCAUUGGAAGUCCAAUCAAAAAGCCUGGGUGACCCAAGUUAUCUUCAACGAAUGGAUUCUGGAAACCUUUGCUCCUGCCGUGAAGAAAUUCUUGCUGGAAAAAGAACUGCCGCUCAAAGCCCUUCUGAUACUUGACAAUGCCCCUUCUCACUCAAAAGACCUAGAGGAAAUAUUGCAGGAAAAUUAUCCUUUUAUCAAGGUGCAGUAUUUGCCACCAAACACCACAUCCAUUCUUCAGCCAAUGGAUCAGCAAGUUAUUGCGAACUUUAAAAAACUCUACACUAGAGCCCUCUUUAAUAAGGUGUUUGAAGAAUGCGAGUUUGGUGGAGACAAUAUGACUGUCCGAAAGUUUUGGAAGGAGAAAUUUGAUGUCCUUAUGGCAAUACAACUUAUACAGAAGGCCUGGGAAGAAGUGUCACAAAGGACCCUCAUUUCUGCUUGGAAGAUGCUUGUGCCUUUGUGGACCCAGGAAGAAGCAGUAGUUGAUGACACAGAAGUGGUGAAGGACAUCAUCACAGUGGCCCAAAGGUUGGAAUUAGAGGUAGAGGAAGAGGAUGUAGAGGAGCUUAUUGAGGAACACGAAGAAGAGCUGACAACUGAAGAGCUCCAAGCACUUCUGGUCCAGCAACAGGACAAUGCUCAAAGGGAAGCGUCAUCUGAUAACGAGGAGCAACAAUCAAACAAUCAACCAAUCCCAACUGCUGACAUCAAGAACAUCCUGGUCAAAUGGAAAGCAGUUCAGGAGUUUACCAAUGCCCACUAUCCGGAUUCAGCUGAAGCAAACAGGAUCAACGAUCUUUACUCCGAUACUCUUAUGGAGGUCCAGACUUCUGUCACUACACUAAAUGUUGUUAACGAGUUUAAAAAGCAAAUUUAUCCUGAACUGUCAUCUGAGAGAAAUAAACAUAAGAAUGAAGCUGUUAACAAAGGGCCACCAAUAAAAAAUAUUUCUACACAGUUGAUGAAUAGAAAAGCAGAGGUUUUAAUUUUGGACCAAGAAAAUAUUGUAGGAGAUGCACCAGUUAGUAAUGCAAAUGAGCAAAAUCAAAGUUUGUUGUUAAAUGGUAAAUUUGAUGAAGAUGCGUCUGCCAAGUCUUUUCAGGAAGUUCUCAUGGAGUGGAGAAAUGGAAAAGAAACAAAUGAGCCUGAAUCUGAAUGGAAGCCCCAUGAAGCUCUUCCAGCACCUGAGCCUUGGAUUGCUUGA